UUAACGCAAACCCCGUACUCGCUUUCCCAUCCACGGACGAUCCCCCGCAUUUUUCUCCCUUCUUUUCUUUUUUUUUUCCCUUGAUUUUUGUGGGGACAAAGAAAACCCUAGACACCAUUCGUUCGCAUCUCCCCUUCGGCAAAUCCAUCCCGUAAUCUGGUGAACGAUCUUCGCUUCUUAAUCUCUUGCAUUAUAAGAUUUUUGAGCUCUUGAUACAGUUUUUUGGCUUUAAUUUGAUCCUCUCUGUGUUAUUUCGGAUUUUUACAACAAUUUCGAAGACAUAUUGUAAAUGAAGUAGGUCUAUAUUGCUAGGAAUGUGUACAUUUUGUGAUUAGGUUGUGUCAAUGUGGUAACUUUUUGUGGAAUUUAAGGGUAAUUGUCGAGAUUGAGGUUCUCUUGUUGUUAUUGUUGUCUUUUGAUACUUAGCUAGGUUUAGAAAAGUAUUCUUAGACAUGAAUGCGAAUGGGCGAUGUAAUUAGCUGACGAAAAGUUGUUAAGAUGUCGGAAUCGACGCCGUCUCCGAAAUCCUCUCCUCCGGGAGGGGGUUUGAAUUCGUCGUCUCCCCCUCCGAAAUCCGAUGACCAUACCCCACGUCCCCCAUUUUCGGGCUCUCUUGUCGAAUCUCCAACAAGUCCACCGCCUGCCGAGCCCAAGUCCCCGCCGCCUUCAAGCUUGCCUUCGUCCCCUCCGCCUCCUCCCUUGGCAUCUCCGCCGCCUCCUAUCUCAAACGGAUCGAAAUCUCCUCCGCCCAUAAGCCCUCCGCCAGUUGCUGCCGCUCCUCCUCCUACCAAGUCCUUGCCGGUCCCCUCACCGCCGCCGCCAUUGCCGGAAAAAUCACCGCCGCCGCCCUCCCCAUCAUUAAACCCACUACCCCCUCCCAAUUCCCCUCCUCCUCCUCCACCUAAAUCAUCGCCAUCUCCCGGGCCGCCUCCUCCGCCGAGUACUCCUCCAGCCCCUCCUCUGCCUAUCACUCUUCCACCGCCGCCCCCACCUGCUGCAGUGGCCCCUCCUACGUCCCCCGCGGCCGCAUUGCCUCCGCCCCCUCAAUCCACCCCCCUUCCCAUUCCUCAAACUCCGCAAGUACGAUUGUCACCUCCUCUAGCUAGAUCUCCGCCAAAUCCAUCAAAACCGGUGACCACCCCUCCCAGCCCCGCCACACCGGCCGUUCGAUCUCCUCCUACUCAACGAGAAGAUUCCCCGAACAAUUCAUCACCUUCGACGGGUAGUUUCAAUCCCGGAGCUGUUGUUGGAAUAGCCAUCGCAGGCAUUCUUAUUCUAUUGGCAGCAAUUUUUUUUAUCGUCUCACAGAAGAAGAAGAAGAAUCGCGUGGGCGCCUUUCCAGGCCAAUAUAAACCUCCGCCGAAUAGUUCCUCGAUGAAAUCAGAGGGGCAUUAUCAUAGGCCGGGAACCACUCCACCAGAUACAUACCAUGCUUCGAAUACACCGUCGACUCCGAGUGCCGCAACCUCGUACGGAAGUUACAUCGGACACGGAUAUCAAAUAGGGAGUACUCCAGAGCCUGGCGGGUCCAAGUCAUGGUUCACAUACGAAGAGUUAUCGGUUACAACGAACGGGUUCUCUCAGGGAAAUCUAAUUGGCGAGGGUGGGUUUGGUUGUGUUUACAAAGGUUUAUUGCCGGAUGGGAGACAAGUCGCUGUGAAGCAGCUCAAGGUUGGUAGUGGGCAAGGCGAAAGGGAGUUUAGGGCGGAAGUCGAAAUCAUUAGCCGUGUUCAUCAUCGCCAUCUCGUUUCACUCGUAGGAUACUGCAUAGCUGAGAAUCACCGGUUACUUGUUUAUGAGUUUGUCCCGAAUAACACGCUCGAGCAUCAUUUACAUCGAAAGGGGCUUCCUGUAAUGGAUUGGCCAAAAAGAAUGAAGAUCGCUAUCGGUUCUGCUCGUGGAUUGGCUUAUUUACAUGAAGAUUGUCAUCCUCGGAUAAUACAUAGAGACAUUAAAUCAGCUAAUAUUCUUUUGGAUGACUCUUUUGAAGCAAAAGUUGCAGAUUUUGGUCUCGCAAAGUUAACGAAUGACACUUCCACUCAUGUGUCGACGCGUGUUGUGGGAACAUUUGGGUACAUGGCACCGGAAUAUGCAGCAAGCGGCAAAUUAACUGACAGAUCUGAUGUUUUCUCAUUUGGAGUUGUGCUUUUGGAGCUGAUAACGGGGCGCAAACCUGUCGAUAUAUCUCAACCUUUGGGAGAUGAAAGUUUAGUUGAAUGGGCUCGGCCUCUCCUUGUUCAUGCUCUGGAGACGGGCGAUUUCAAAGAGUUAGUUGAUCCAGCACUCGGAAACAACUUUGCGAGAAGCGAAAUGCUUAGAAUGAUCGAGGCAGCUGCUGCUUGUGUUCGCCAUUCUGCUCCUAACCGACCUCGAAUGAUGCAGGUGUUGAGAGCAUUGGAUAGCGAGGGAAAUCUCUCGGACCUCUCCAACGGGGUUAAGUACGGUCAGAGCACAAUUUACAAUUCGAGUCAGUACUCCGCUGACAUUCAAAACUUCCGCAGAAUGGCAUUUGAAAGCGAUGUCUACAGCUCAGAAUAUGAUCACUCUGAUUCACACGAGCAGAGGAACUUGUCGCACAAGUGAAAAUGUCCAACCUCUAGAGGAAACCUAUAUAUUGUCGGGUUCUCGUGAUCUUGGAGAGCUGAAUUGUGAAAAGAUAUAAAGGCACCGAAGAAUCAGAUGACAUUCUAUAAAUGAGGGGAUAACAUAGCGUCGGAGCGAAAUAGCUAUAAGCUUUUCGAUGAGAGUCCAAUGGUUUUAUGUGGAAGGUAGAAGCAUGCAUGUGGAUUGAUUACCGGAAGCGCAUAUGAACUGAACAAAGUGACAGAAUGGUUUGCAGAGAAUUUGUAUUCGUUAGCCCUCGGCUUCCUUUUCGUCAUUAACUUUUUUUUAAUAUGCUGUUCAGAGGAAGGCCUAUAACUGUAAUUUGAAAGGUUGAAGAUACCCUUCAAACCAUGAUCUUGCUGAGAUAAGGAUUUUUUUUUUUUUUUUUCCAUGCUGUAAAACAUUUCUUUUGUGAGGUAAAGUUUCU